AUGAAGGCUCUCCUCCUCCUCCUCCUCACCCAGCUCUGCUCAUCAUCGCUGGUCCCCGAGAGAGAGAAGGACCUUGAAAACGGGGGGGGGCAGGCACAGGAGCCCCUGCGGGCUGCCCUGCGGCUCCAGCGCCUCAACCAGAACGUGGCCAAGAACCUCAUCCUCUUCCUGGGUGACGGCAUGGGCGUCUCCACCGAUGGGGUCUGCUGCAGCCAAACAUGGGGAGGAGAGCUCCAGGAUGGGGACGAUGAUGAUGAAGCCCUGGAGUGGGGAUAAUGAUGGUGGUGGUGAUUGGUGAUGAUGAUGAUGACGAUGUGGUUUAUUGAUCUACGCCCCCCCCAGACCUACAACACCAACGCACAGGUGCCUGACAGUGCGGGCACGGCCACCGCUUACCUCUGCGGCGUCAAAGCCAACGAGGGGACGGUGGGCGUCAGCGCCGGUGUCACUCGUGACCGCUGCAACACCACCAAGGGCCAGGAGGUGACCUCCAUCCUCCGCUGGGCCAAGGAUGGAGGCAAGGCAGUGGGCAUCGUCACCACCACGCGGGUGACCCAUGCCACGCCCAGCGCCGCCUACGCCCACUCCGCCAACCGUGACUGGUACUCGGAUGGAGAGAUGCCCCCCGACGCACUGGAGGGCGGCUGCAAGGACAUCGCCCGGCAGCUGGUGGAGAACAUCCCCGACAUCGAGGUAGGGAUGGGGAUGGGGCCACCAGGGACGUGGGAUGGGGCCAGCCAGGGACAAGAACAGGACCACCCUGGGAUGAGGACAGGCGGGAAGGGGUACGGAGCCGCCCUGGCCUUGGCAGAGGCAAUGGGGAGGUGACAACCCGCCUGUCCCCAGGUCGCCAAGUACGUGUGGCACCGGCGGGACCUGCUGGCGCUCAACCUCAGCCGCGUUGACUUCCUCCUGGGCCUCUUUGAGCCAGGUGACAUGGUGUACGAGCUGGACAGGAAUAAUGAGACGGAUCCAUCCCUCACCGAGAUGGUGGCUGUGGCCAUCAGGAUGCUCCAGAAAAAUCCCCGGGGGUUUUUCCUCCUGGUUGAAGUGGCCGCCCGCCUCACCUCGCCCCAGGACACCCUCAGCGUCGUCACCGCUGACCACUCGCACGUCUUCACCUUCGGCGGCUACACCCCUCGUGGGAACCCCAUUUUUGGUCUGGCCCCGAUGCAGAGUGACGUGGACCGCAAACCCUUCACCUCCAUCCUCUACGGCAACGGCCCCGGCUAUAAAAUCGUGGCGGGCGAGCGAGAAAACGUCUCCGCCGUGGAUUUCGCGCAUGCCAACUACCAGGCGCAAUCGGCCGUGCCGCUGCGCCAGGAGACCCACGGCGGCGAGGACGUGUCCAACCGAGCCCACUGCAACACCGCCAGCCGCCCUGCCGCCGCCGCCUCCAUCCUCCUGCCCUUCCUCGCCCUCCUCUUCCUCCUCUGCUAA